AUGGGAGAAGCUUUGCAGGAGCGCAGAGGAGCCGCCCUGCUGCCCAGGAGCUGCUGCAGCCACCGGGGAAUCGCCAGCAGCCAUGCCGAGCUGGCCGGCUGCAAGAUGACCCUGACGACCACGCCGGCAGCCAGCGUCGCCCAGGCUUUCUUUUGCCUCUUGCUGUGCGUGCCCUGGGGCAGCUCCUGCCCCCCGAGCUGCCAGUGCACGGAGCGGGCAGGGGCGAAGGCCGUCCUCUGCAGCUCCCGGCACUUGGAGGAGAUCCCCAAGGACAUCCCCAAAGACGCGGUGUUCCUCAAACUGGACGCCAACAGCAUCACCAGGAUCCCCAGCAAUGCCUUCCGGCACCUCUCCCACCUGGAGGAACUCGAUCUCUCCAGGAACGCCAUCGAGAAGAUCGACAGGGCGGCUUUCAAAGGGGUGGCUGCCGGGUUGCGUACCCUCGACCUCUCCAGCAACCGCAUCCGCAGCAUCCCCAAGGAGGCCUUGCUGGCGCUCAAUGCCAAGCUCCGGCUGGCCAACAACCCCUGGCACUGCGAGUGUGCCUUGCAGGAGGUGUUGUGGGAGGCGCGGCUGGACCCCGACUCCGUCCAGGACAUCACAUGCCACACGGCCCCGCGCGAGGAGUACGUGGGCAAGCCGCUCCUCCAGGUCCUGGAUGCCGGCGUCAACUUCUGCAGCGUGCGUCAGAGGACCACGGAUGUUGCCAUGUUCAUCACCAUGUUCGGCUGGUUUGCCAUGGUCAUCGUCUACGUGAUCUGCUACGUCCGGCACAAUCGUGAGGACACCUGCAAGCACGUGGAUUACCUGAAGUCACUGCCGAGCACCCAGGGCCAUGCAGAGACCACCAGCACUGCCCUGUAG